AUGGAGAAGCAGCGACGCUUCUCUUGUCUGCCACAACUUGGGGGGGGGGAGGUGCUCCGGCAGUCUCCUUGGCUGUUCUUCCUUGUCGCCAGCAGAUUACAUACUCCGUCAUCGGUAGAAAUCGGAGGACCUUUGGGGUUUGGACAGAUCGAAGGAAGAAGAAUGAAGAAGUGGUGGUCUUUGGUGAUUGAAGGUAAACGGAUGAGAUCGAAUGAUCUAUAUUAUCAGCACCGAAUUGACACUCGUGUGCCCAUUGAAAUCACGAAUCUACCAAGGUUCCUACCUGAGAAUCCUGAGAAUAAUAAAAUGUUGUACGAACGAGUUAGUGUGAUUGUAGUAAAGAAAGGGUGCACUCCAUCACAACUAGAAUUGGCGUGGGUUCACCACCAGGGGAAAGAUGUUGUGCCCAUACCAGGAACCACUAAAAUUGAAAACCUUCAGCAAAACAUUGGAGCUUUAUCUGUGAAUCUAACACCACAAGACAUGGCUGAACUUGAAUCUCCACUGGCUUCAAUGACUCAGGUUUAUGCUCUUACAAGAGAAAGGGAUACACUACGUAGAGAGCAAAAUAAAAGAAGUGAUGCCACCGCGCUUCUAAAGGAAAAGGAUGACAUAAUUACUCAAGUUAUGGAAGAGGGUGAAAAGCUUUCAAAGAAACAAGCUAUUCAAGAGUCUACAAUAAGAAAACUACGGGCACAGAUUAGAGAGUUUGAAGAAGAGAAGAAAGGAUUUAUAAGCAAGCUACAGGCUGAAGAGAACAAAGUGGAAAAUUUGAAGAGUAAGAAAGCAGCCACAGAGAAACUGCUGCAAGAAACAAUAGAGAAAAACCAGUCUGAAGUUGCAAUACAAAAGGAAUACUAUCUGAAUGCAUUAAGUGAUGAAGCACGAGUAAAUGAUGAAGCUAGAACUAAACUAGAGAUUGGCCUAAAGGAGGCUAGGGAAUGA